AUGUAUCAGAGGUCACUAGAACUAGUCAUAUGUGCGGCACUACUACUGCUCGGAUAUGGAAGUGAAGGACGCGAAAGGGAUCCUUCGUGGUCAGGAUACUACAAGGACAAUGGAACUCAUUAUUUGCUGUACGGAAAGCCUCAGGAUAUCGCACCAACACCCAACUUUGGAAAUAUAUCCUCGAAUCCGUUCAUCAACGCCUUGGAAGCCCGGGAAAAUUUUCCAACUAGAAUCGUCAAUGGCAAAAGGAUUCCGUGCACAGAAGCUCCCUUCCAGGGAUCCCUGCACUACGAAGGAUAUUUCGUUUGUGGGUGUGUGAUCAUCAAUAAUAUUUGGGUCCUCACUGCCCACCACUGCUUCUUUGGACCACCAGGAAAGUACACUGUGCGAGUGGGAUCGGAUGAACAGCGACGCGGUGGUCAGCUGCGCCAUGUGAGAACGAUCGUGGCGUUGGGGUCAUAUGAUGACUACACCAUGCAACACGACCUGGCCAUGAUGAAACUGAGAUCACCGGUCUACUUUGGCAAAUGUGUUAGGCCCGUGAAACUACCCUCCCCCAAAACUACGACAUUUCCCAAAAAAUUCGUAGUCAGCGGAUGGGGUCUCACCUCGGCUAGUGCCCAAAAUGUCCAACGCUAUCUGCGUCGUGUGCAACUCGACUAUGUAAAACGGUCAAAGUGCAAGAAAAUGUACAAAAAAGCCGGACUCCAAAUAUACAAGGAUAUGAUCUGCGCCAGUCGAAAGAGCAAGGAUAGCUGUUCCGGCGAUUCUGGUGGUCCGUUGACCAGCAGCGGCGUCCUUUACGGAGUAGUGUCCUGGGGCGUUGGUUGCGCCAACAAAAACUAUCCCGGUGUUUACGUCAACGUGAAACGAUACGUUCCUUGGAUUAAAAAGGUCAUUCACAAUCAUUAA